AUGACCACUGGAGAAAAACGAAGGUUACGUCUGGGCCGAGACGGGAAAGGCCAGUCGAGGCUUUUCAAUUUCGAAUCUGUCAAUAGUCUUCUAUAUCAGGAUCGGGAAAUUGGAAUUUGCUCUUCGCUCGAAAGUGACGAUUUCAAAACCAAGAACUUCAAGAGAUAUGCAUUUUAUGGCCAGAUGGCGGAGCUCCCAAAACUCAAAAAUAAAGAAACAGACUUGAAAUAUAACGAAUCGUUGCUACCACGAAGACAGAGGCUAAAAAUGGACCCUCUCCCCGACCAACACUUUGAAACUUUCCAUCGACGCAUGAAGAGAGAGGAGAAGAAUAUGACGGGGGCAGACAGAAGCAAGAUGAUGUCGGAAAUCGAAACAUUGAAAAGUCAGCUUCGGCUUUUACGUCAGCACGAUUGGAUGAAACAUCUUCCGCGCAUCACAUUAGUCAAAGACCCGAAAGACAGGUCAGAACUUCAACGGAAGAGAGAGUUGACAGAAAAGGAAUGUCUACGGCUACUAAACAAGUACUACAGUUGGGAAAAGCGUAAUGAAAAUCUCGAGAAUGAUAUCCGUUUGUUUAAUAAGAACAUGCAUAGCGACAAUGCGCACUCAUCCAAACUCGCUAGAGGACGCAAGGACAGACAUAAUGAUGACGACAACAAUGACGACGAUGAUAAUGACGAAGAAGAAGAUCUGGAUGAUCUGGAUGAUGACGAUGAGGACAUUUUUCUUAGUGACCUAGCUGCCUUGAAAGCCAAAAGACAAGAAAGACGCAUUGAGAAGUAUGGUCCAUCAAUUCGCAUUGUCCUAGGCAAUGGUUAUGAUCUUGUCGGAGGCCCUUUUCAGUACCCUCGUAUUGAAAAGGCUAGCACCUUUAUGUAG